AAAGCGUGUCGCGUCUGGCCAACAGUUUAUCUGUGCUCUCUGGCGCCCCCACUCCCCUAGAGGACACAAACCAAAAGUGCAGCCGUCAGUGGGUUGGUCAUUGACCGACUGCAGCUGGAGAGACAAAAACCCCGUCUGGCGCCCAGGCUAAGCUCCUCUCAGUAUGUCAGACGAUCACACGGACUACAGAAUGAACUCUGGCGUGUCUGACGGCCAAGCGGUGCAGUACAACUCGGGACAGACCAUGGCGAGUGUGGAGGUCUCGGCCCAGGGCGGCUAUGGCCUGCCUUCAGGGCAAGCAGAUGUCACCAGGACGGAGCUGAAGGAGAACGGCGUACCGGUCCAGAUGGGCCCCGGAGACGGCAUCAUGACUGUGGAGCUCCCGAGAGUGGAAACGGCGACGGAGUCACCAUCUGAAGAAGGAGCGGAAGAACUUGCGUCUGAUGUCUCGGAAACGAAGAGCACGCCGUCGGCGGAGAGUGAGCCCCUGGCACCAGCCAUCCCAGAAGGAAGUGAAACGACUCCCCUGGAUGUUCAAGAAGCCAGCUCAGGCAAAGCCAAGCCUGAAGCUGUCAAAGAGGAGGCUGGAGCUGUGGAUAAAAAGCCAAAGACCCCCACUCCAUCUUCUGCUAAAGCUAGAUCCACCACCACCCCAAAACGACCCUCUUCAGUCACAAGCAUCCAUGUGAAAAAACCUGCCAGCCCAGCCUGCAUCACGUCUACGUCCUUCACUAGCACCAGAGUGACCACCACAUCUGUGGUCAAAGUCAGCAGCUCCACAGCGAGAAGCUCCAGGACACAGGUUGAUGAGCAGAAAGCAUCCAUGAAGAGUCCUGCCUCCAGGAUUCAAGGGGGUAGCCGCGUUCCUACAGCUGCAUCCAAAAUUCCAUCGAAAACCCCCUCAUCUGAAGCUCAAAGGGCGUCUUCUUCAGCCUCUCCUGCUGAAUCACCCCGGACCCCUGACCGUAGCGGCUACAGCAGCCCCAGCACGCCAAAAUCUCCUUCUGGGCGAAGCUCUCAACAAACUUCUGGAGCAACCAAGGAAGUCAAGAAGGUAGCUGUAGUGCGAACUCCACCCAAAUCUCCAGCUUCUGUGAAGAACCGGACACCUGCACCAUUGGUUCCAAUGCCCGAUCUGAAAAGUAUCAGGUCCAAAAUUGGAUCGACUGAAAAUAUCAAGCAUCAGCCAGGAGGUGGAAGGGUCCAAAUAAUGAACAAGAAGAUGGACUUAACUAAUGUUCAGUCUAGGUGUGGCUCCAAAGACAAUAUGAAGCAUGUCCCUGGAGGUGGCAAUGUUCAGAUUGUGAAUAAGAAACUCAAUUUGUCCAAUGUUACCUCCAAAUGUGGCUCCAAGGACAACAUUCAUCACAAGCCAGGUGGUGGCAAUAUUGAAAUCAAAUCCGAAAAACUGGACUUCAAGGUGCAGUCCAAGAUUGGCUCUCUUGAAAACAUCGGACACGUUCCAGGAGGUGGAAACAAGAAGAAGGAAAAAGAGGCAUCAAGGGGCGACAAACUUCCCUCAAAAAACGGGGCCCCUCCGUCCCCCGAUAAGGAGAGCCUGAUGCCAGUUAGCGAGAGCCCAGCGGCCGAAGAAAUCGCAAUUGUUGAAACGCACGAGACAAAUCGAGUCACACAAACUGGCCUUCCGUGAACAGGCCAAGGCCCGCACUGACCACGGAGCAGAGAUCGUCUACAAGUCCCCCACGGCGUCCACGGAGGGCUCUCCCCGCCGCCUUAGCAACGUCUCCUCCACCGGCAGCAUCAACAUGAUGGAUUCUCCUCAGCUUGCCACGUUAGCCGACGAGGUCUCCGCUUCCCUGGCCAAACAAGGCUUGUGAUUUGCUUCCUCAGCCUGCUGUAGCCUUUUUGGUUUUUUUUUUUUUUUUUUGCC